GUUCAGCCGUGCCCCGGUCCCGGUCCCGCCUUUCCGGCUCCGGUGGUGCCGGAAGCGGAGCGCGGAGCCGGCGCGGCCAUGGCGCCCAAGGGGAAGGCGGGCACCAAGGGCAAGAAGCAGAUCUUCGAGGAGAACCGGGAGACGCUUCGCUUCUACCUCCGCAUCAUCCUGGGGGCCUCCGCGGUGUACGCCGUGGUCAACCUGGUGAUCUUCUACCCCACCACCUCUGCCUGGACGUGGCUCGCCUUCGCCUUCAGCUCCGUCAUCUACGGCACCAGCUACCGCUCCAUGACCUCCAUGGCCAAGCCGUCUUUCACCGAUGGCAGCCUUGCCGACGGAGGAAUCGACCUGAAUAUGGAGCAAGGAUGGCAGAGUGAGCAUCUCAAGGAUGUGAUCCUGCUGACAGCCAUGGUCCAAGUGCUGAGCUGCUUCUCCCUCUAUGUCUGGUACUUCUGGCUCCUGGCUCCAGGACGUGCUCUUUACCUCCUGUGGGUGAACAUUCUGGGGCCCUGGUUUACAGCUGAGGCUUCUCCUGGUCAGGAACCAAACGAGAAGAAGCAACGUCGACAGGAACGCCGGCAGAUGAAACGCUUCUAGGCCUGGCUGGGGAGACAGAUCCAUGCCAUCUCUCACCUCCAUGCUGUUGUUUCAUCAGGGAUGCAAGUGAAACCUACCCAGAAGCAUUGCAGUAGCUGUGUUACCCUCUGUUGUUGCUGCUCUUCCCCCCAAAGGCCGCAAGAGACUCCCCUUGGUUGGACUUGAGUGCCUUGCUCCUGGGGAUGAGGAGGGGGGUGAUGCUGGGAUGGCUGCAAAAAAAAACCCUUUUUAAAGCAGCACUGUUACUGUGUUCCAGGCUGGGGAUUACAACGUUGGAGAAACAGUACAUUAAAAGAGCAGAGCCUGCCUGA